AUGACCGAUGAGAAGCACCCUAAGAACGACCCCUACGAUCCGUCCGGUAUUCCAGACUUCGACCGCGACUUUAUCAAACCUGAUGAGCUCGACCGAUUCGAGAGGGCGUUAAACGCCCCAGAAGCCUCCCCGCUGGUCGCCAUUAAUGAUUGGCGACCGAUCAACCAGAGGGUUCGCAAGAAUCGCGGCCGUCGCAAGAACCCCAAGCGAAGCAAGGAUGAAACGCGAGAAGGAGUGCUCUACACUGUCCUGAAAUGGCCGUUCCUGUUCACCGUUUUCGCGUGGAUCACAUUGCUCGGCUUUGGAUACGUGCUGAUACGAGUUUACAUAUUCCUAUAUGAGCAGUGGGUGACAUGGCGCGGCAAGAGAGAACGGCUGCGCCGGGAGCUCUCUGCACAGAAAAACUAUCCAGAUUGGUUGAAGGCGGCCCAAGCGUUGGACGUCCACCUUGGAACUGAGAAAUGGAAGCAAACAGACGAAUACGCCUAUUACGACCAUCUGACGAUAACCAAAGUGGUGGCGCAGCUGAAGAAAGUCAGAGGAGAUGCGGAAUGGGAGAAGGAAAACGGUCAGAUUCCCUCCAAUGAAGUAUCCGCAGUCGAGGAGCUGCGAGCCCUGCUCGAGGCUUGCGUCAAGAACAACUUUGCCGGUGUGGAAAACCCUCGGAUAUACAGUGAGACUUAUUCGGGAACCAAGGAGCUGGUUCAACAGUACAUCGAGGAAGUGCACGCAUGCAUACAAAUCGUCCUGGAGAACAAGGAGAUCGACAAAGAAUCCAAAUACCAGCUCUUCAAGCAUCUCGAUACAAACUUCGGACGCACCGCUCUUUGCUUGUCAGGUGGUGCCACUUUCGCAUACUACCACUUUGGGGUUGUCAAAGCACUGCUUGACAACGAUGUCCUGCCAGAAAUUAUAACGGGAACGUCGGGCGGAGCGCUAGUAGCAGGCCUGGUUGCGACCCGUACGGAUGAGGAGCUCAAGCAACUACUCGUGCCUGCUCUGGCUCAUCGAAUCCGUGCGUGUCAUGAAGGACUCGCUACUUGGAUUCACCGCUGGUGGCGCACCGGCGCACGUUUCGAUACUGUGGAUUGGGCCCGGCAAUGCGGCUGGUUCUGUAGAGGCUCAACUACGUUUCGGGAAGCUUACGAACGAACUGGGCGCAUCCUCAAUGUCACCUGCGUGCCCUCAGAUCCUCACUCGCCAACCAUUCUGGCCAAUUACCUGACGUGCCCUGAUUGCGUCAUAUGGAGUGCGGUGCUCGCGUCGGCCGCUGUUCCAGGAAUUUUGAACCCCGUCGUGCUGAUGACCAAAAAGCGCGAUGGUACCCUCGCACCUUACUCAUUUGGGCAUAAGUGGAAAGAUGGGAGCCUACGAACUGAUAUUCCCAUCAAAGCGCUGAAUUUACAUUUCAAUGUGAAUUUUACUAUAGUAUCUCAGGUCAACCCACACAUCAACCUAUUCUUUUUCAGCUCUCGGGGCACCGUAGGGCGACCAGUCACACACCGCAAAGGACGUGGCUGGCGCGGCGGUUUCCUGGGCACUGCCAUUGAACAAUAUAUCAAAUUGGAUUUGAACAAAUGGCUUCGAGUUCUUCGCCAUUUAGAGCUUCUCCCACGACCUAUGGGUCAAGACUGGAGCGAGAUCUGGUUGCAAAAAUUUAGUGGCACCGUGACUAUCUGGCCGAAAAGUAUUCCGUCUGAUUUCAUCCAUAUUCUCUCAGACCCAAGCCCCGAGAGGCUUGCCCGCAUGAUUCACGUCGGUCAGCAAAGCGCAUUUCCAAAAAUCCAAUUUGUUCAGAAUCGACUGAAGAUCGAGAAUGAAAUCAUGAAAGGAUUACAAGAAUCUAGGACGGGGGGUCGCGCCCUCUCCCCGAUUCUCUCUCGUCGCUUGAAUAACCCGGAGAAUGAACAUUCUGACUCCAUGACCGAGCGUCUUGAUGACAACCUUCCUGAACGUGAUGGAUCCAGUUACAGGAGCGAGUCGCGCUUCACUGACUUGUCAGACAGCAUGUCACAGUCAACAGCUUCAUCACGUCCUCAGACCCCGAGUUCCCGUCGGGGCAGCGUGAUAGAGGAAAUGCGACGCCAGUCGGCUGUGUUCUUUGACGAUACAGACGAUUACAGGGACGAAGACGCCGUGGUCAUCUGA